UUACUGUAUUUUUAGGCAAUUCUCGGCUUCAGCAUGACGUCACAAACAAAAUGGCUGCCUAGCUACGGGUCAUACAACCGCUUAGUUACGUAUACUAUAUAAUGAAAUGAACUGCCGAUCGCCUGCAUUUCUGGUGAUUAUUACCAUUCAAACAGAUGUUAAAGUUGUUUUUCGCAAAUUAAACAUGUCUUUUAAGUAUUUUGAUGAUCUUGAUUCAGUGUCAAAAGCUAGAUAUAACGAUAAAUUGAAUUUAAUAGGCUUAGCAGAAUGCCCUUACAAACUACCCGCCGGUACUUGGGAAAACAAUCCGUGUAAGUGGCCUUCGGUGGAAUAUGGAGAUAUACACAAUUAUUUGAUCGAAACACCUGGUGUCUACACAAGAGACAGCAUGAAAAACUACAAGAGUCUGGAAGCCCAUAAUUACUUCAAGUCUGGUUGGGUUGAGACAGUAUUAUCAUACAAGCCAUCUAAUAGUCAACAUACAUUACUGAAGGCCUUUGUCAAACCAUCACAAAAGCUAAAUGAUGAGCACUACAACCCUUGGGUAGCUGUCAGCAAUAAUGGGCAAAUUUCUGCUGCUCAUUGUAAUUGUAUGGCUGGACUGGCUGAAUCCUGCUCACAUAUUGCAGCGGUGCUGUUUAAGGUAGAGGCAGCAGUUAGACUUGGGUACACUAAAACAGCAUGUACAGAUGAACUUUGUAAAUGGAACCAAGACUUUGUUAAAAAAGUAACACCUGAACCAAUAUCAAAAAUCAAUUUCUUCACUGAGAAAGCAAUAAAUAAGGCAAAACACCGCAACAAAAAAAGGAAAAUUAUUCAUCAGCAGGCAACUGAAGAAGAAAAACAGAACUUCUUGUCGUCCCUUAAAAACUUAAAAAAUAAACCGGUUGUGCUUAGUUGUUUCAGUGGUUAUUCUGAUGAUUUUCACUGGUCAAAAAAACCUAAACGUGACCCUAAACUUCCCUUACCGCUAACAUCUCUAUACAAAGAAGAAAAUUUACUAUUACAACCUGCUGAGCUUGGACAAAAAUGUGAGAAUUUUCUAAAUGACAUGAAAUUGACAGAUGAAGAAAUAAACUUUGUAAACAUCACUACAGCAGGCCAGAGCUCAAACAUGGUAUGGCAUGAGCAGCGGACAGGAAGGAUCACUUCAUCAACAGUGCAUGCUAUAAUCCGGACAGACCCAAACAACCCUUCGAAAUGUGCUGUUGAUCAAAUUUGUAAUCCAAGAAAAACUCCGCUUCAGACAGAAGCGAUUAAGUGGGGAAACGAACAUGAGGAAUCUGGUCUGAAGUCUUACAGACAAGUCCUAAAUUUUUCAAAUCAGGGACAUGUCAAUAUCAACAUGAAAAACGAAGGGUUCCAGAUCUCCAAGGAGAGACCUUACUUAGGCGCGAGUGCAGACAGUAUAAUGUCGUGUGACUGUCACGGCAAAAGAAUAGUUGAAGUAAAAUGCCCCUUUUCUGCUAAAGACAAGGACUUACAGGCCUUUUUGACCAACGCAGACUGCUACAUUCAGAACAAUAAGUUAAAAAGAACACAUAAAUAUUUCAGUCAAGUACAGUUACAGAUGUAUGUUUAUAAUGUUGAAGUAUGUGAUUUUGUAGUCUGGGCUCCUAAGUUUGUGUUUGUGACACAUGUACAGCGCGAUGAUGAAUUUAUAACAGAGAUGCUUGAAAAAUGUGAUUUAAUGUACCUUUCAUGCAUUUUACCGGAAUUAUUAACGCGCAAACAAUCACAUGGAAAUUCUAAAACUUAUGAGUGUGAAAAAGAUGCUGAACAGCCAUCAAAGCUUUACUGUUUGUGCCAAAAACCAGAAGACGACCAAAAAUAUGUUGGAUGUGACAAUCCUGACUGUUCAGUGCAAUGGUUCCAUUUGCAUUGCUUGAAACUGAAGAGGGAACCAAAAGGAUUCUGGCUGUGUCCUAGAUGCAAGAAAAAAUCCCAGAAAAAGCAAUUGACUUUAAUGCAAAAGUGA